UUCCCUUGGUUGCUUCCGGGUGGUUGUCACAGACGCUUUGUGGAUAAUUCAGAUUAGUUACAAAUGGAGCAGAUUGUAACAGAUUUUCCUUGACUGCAAACAAAACGCUCUGAUCGAGAGGCAGGAUGGAAUGGCAGGGGGACCUUCCACAGGAUCAUGCGUUUGUAGAGCUCCUGCUUACUGGGCUUCCCAGUGAGCUGGAUAUCCAACAGCUGCUCCGAGACACAGAGGACAAACUCAAACUCAAUGCCUGCAGUAUAGAACAGAGUCUGAAGGAACUGCAGGGGAAGAUGGGUGAGUCCUGGACGGGGGAGCGUCCACCCAGCCCAACGGAAUGUCUGCAGUGGUUUAACCCACGGAACCCCAGCACCGUCAGGCCUGUCGCCACAGGAAACCAGGAGCUCCUGGACUUCCUGAAAGCUCUGCUCCAGUACCUUAGGACCGAGGAGGAGGGGCGAGAGGACGUGACCCUCCAGCUGCUCCACAACAUCUCCUCCCAGUGUGGCGUGUCCUUCCCCAACACCACCCCCUCGCCCACCCCCCAGCAGCCCGGCCCCUCGGCACACACCUCGGUCCACACGGUCAGGGACGACAGUGCUCUGGAGAGCCAUGAGGUGUGGGACGAGGUACGGCUCCGGCUGCGGCGCCACCUGCUGGACAGACUUUCCUGUCCCCUCCCCGUCCCUCAGCGCAUCUACUGUCUGCAGCAGCUGUUCUUCCUCUACCCAGAGUGGGAGGUGCUGACGCUCUACCAGGGCCUGAGGAGCCAGGCUGUCCUGUCUCUGCUCCACUCUGCCCUGGCCUCCAGCCCCGGUGGGAAGGAGACGGGCUUCGACAGGCUGGCCCUGGGGCUCCGUGCUGCCGCCCCAGCCCUGUGCUCGGCCCUCAGGGAGGAGCUCCAGGUCCUCAAUGGGGUGGCCAAGCCCCAUACCAUUCUGGGUUUCCUGAAUGCUGCCUACCUGAACACUGUGUCCCAGGAGCUGGGCGCCAUGAUGGAGAGAGAGUGUGAGAACGCCCUAAAGGACAACACUACGCUGAGCGGUGGCAAGGGGAGGAAGAGCUCGGCCAGGACCAAGGCUACUGUAGCGCCUCUGGAGCUGCCCCCCAGGAGAGACAGGAACUUCAGCCUAACAUCUCACCAGCUGAGGGUCCUGACCCAGCUAGCCUGCACUCUGCUGGGCCUGGAGAGCCAAGUGGACGAGCUGGCCACUCAACUGGCAUUCAUCAACUGUGCUGGGGAGACUCCCUGCAGUGUGAGAGGAAUAUUGAAAAAGACCAAAGACGACUUGGAUAUGACCACUGUCGAUGGUAGCAAGACCACGGCAGAGACGCUCUUCCAGAGUCCGGAGGCCAUUGUUCUGGAGUUUGAUUGGAGGGCUGCGUUCAGGAAGCUGGUGCCCCAUAUGGCUCACUGUGUCAAGGUGGUGCUGGAGGAUGUGUGCACCAAGAGUCUGCAGCAGGAGGAGCUGUCACACACAUCUGGCUCCGCCCACGUGGUCCUGACUAGCACACCCCACAGAGAUGACUCCCCCCUCACCUGCCCAGAGAGGGACCGCCCCAAGAUGGUCGCCAAGUUCUGUGGCGACAUCAUGGGGGAGUGUGAUGCCCUCCUGCCCCUGGCGGAGGCGUGUGGAGAUGCCGCCCUCCUGGAGGUGCGCUGCAGCUUCGUGGAGGUGUGUGCCUGGGUCACGUCUGCCAUCCUGGGCCGUGUGGAGGAACGGGCAGGGGAGGUGCCCUCUGCUGCCCCCUUGAAGAACCUUAUUGCUCUGCUGGGCACCAGUAUGUACAUCCACCAACGGCUGUGUCACUAUGAGGCCCAACUCAGAGAGACUAAACCCACCGCAGCCAGAGUCCCCAUGACACUGCUGCCCAUCCAGAGGUACCAGGAUGUGACGGAGGGCCUGAGAGAGCAGCUGGCCAGCUACUGUGUCCAGGUGUGCACCAGCACUAUCCUGCAAGACGCAGAGAGCCACCACUGGGCUGACCCCAAACCCUUCUACGAGGGUGAUAGGUGUUCAUUCUCAGUGCAGAUGUGGCACUACUUCCUGACUGGGCUGCGUACUGACCUGUGGUUGGCUGUGCCAGGCUCUGUGGGGCGGGACGUGCUUGCUCAGGUGACCAGUGAGAGUCUGCAGGUUCUGGUGCAGAGGUACUCCAGGGCACGGCCCUCCUACAAGAGGCACCUGCAGAUCAGGUGUGACAUCACGGUGGUGCUGCUGUGUGUGGAGCAGCUCAUGUGGAGUGUGUGUGAGCGGCCCGAGGCGCUGGCUCAGUUAGAGCCAUCGGUGGCUGGCUGCGUCUGGGUCGCCUCAAUCCACAGCCUGUGUGACCAGCUCCUGACCACACUGGUCAUCGUGACCGCACCCCUGCCUCAGCUCUACUGGACUUUCCAGUACAGACCUGGAGAGGGCUCCGCGCCAGCUCUGGCCCAUUCCCCAGGCAGCCCUGGCAUACACUGGCUCAGUGCCAUCCACCCUGGCCUGUUCACCCAGCAGGCAGCACGGGAGGGCCUGGCGGGCGAAGUGACCUCCGAGUGCCAGCUGAGGCUGCUGACCUCUGACCCAAGAUGCAGUCCCAGGUUGCUGCUGACCGCCAUCCUGCACAGAGACUGUCACCUGCUGCGAGUCCUCCUGGAACACUCCCAUUUCUGCAUGGAGGAGGAGGCAGAUGCUGAUGCUGUGUCUCCUGUGAAGAGCGAUGCUGGAGAUGAGUUUAUGGAGGCUGUGUACAACGUGCUCAGCUCUCUGAACAAUGUCCCUAAAGCCCUGACUCUGGCCUUAGGGACUUACUUUGACAGAGGACACUUAUGGGACUAUCUAUACAGCCCGGCAGAUUCAGUGCGGCCUGUCCCCGUGGUGAUCAGCUUUAUCCGGGCAGUGGUCAACCAGCCUGUCCACUGCCUUCUGCGCCAUCUGGUCACCAUGGUACUGGCUUGGCAGGCCUCUGAGGAUCCCUGUUCCUCCCUGCUCAGACGGGACGUCCCAGAAAACAUCCUCACUAAAGUCCCCAAGGAGUGGAGCUAUACCCUUCAGACACCCAAGGGGAGGGAAUCCGCUAAGAGUGUGGUGAAUCUGGCCCUCCAGGCCCUCUCCUUCAUCUACACCAACCUGCCCUCGGCCGUGGCUUCCCUCCCUCUGCCAGUACGCUUCCUCUUCCACACCGCAGAGAAACACCUUUCCCAGCAUGCUCGGCAGCUGCGCUCCACAGGCCUGCUCCUCUGGGCCCUCCUUAGCUGUCUCUGCCAGUGCCUGGAGGACCCCAACUCACUGGAGCUGCUGUGCGGCUUGCCUUUGGACCGGGGGGCCAAGGAGAGACUGGCCCUGCUGUCAGAGUGCCUCCAGGGGACCAUGGGCCAGGGCCAGCAGAAGGGUGUGCCCAAGCCCACUGUGCACAAGGUACUGCAGGCUCUGGAGGAGAGGAGGCCCAAGUGGUGCUCCAUGCAGCUGCAGAAGGCCCGCAAGCUCUGCUCCGAGAGUGCGUUUGAGUGGGGCGAGAGUGGUGUUCCACAGGAGAGGGGCGGCGGUGUGGCUGAGGCGACUGAGCAGAAAAUAGGGCUGAUACUCCUGGAGAUUUGCCACAAACCACGUGGCUCAGAGUACCUGAGGCAAAUCUAUCAUAUCAUCCAAGUCAAUGAGCCACUGUUGAGGUCCAAGCUGUGUGUGUCCAGUGACCCCCCAAUUGACUCUCCUCAGACAGUGACCUUUGACCUGGGAACAGACAGCCCUGGUCACCCCUCACCCCGGUUCAACCCCCUCCACCAGUUUGACCACAUCGGCAGCAACAAGUUAGACCAGGCAGCCGUGGGAGACUGGGCCUGGGACUGGGCCACACUGCUGCCAACUUACCAGGGGAUGAGUCAGGUGACCUUGAGAGCACUCCUGGUCAACAGGUGGGAGAUGCAGUAUGGUGCAGUUCUGGAAGAUGAAGAGAAGCCUCUGGUGGAGGAGCUGCAGAAAGCCUACUUCAACCAGAGCCCUGGAUCCCAAGGUGCCCCCCCCCCACCUCCGGAGUCAACCAGGCAGCACCAGGAUGAACAGCAUGCAGCAGCAAACAUCAUCAAUUAAACGAGAAACAUUGUAACGUCUGUGCAGUACAGCUAAGGGAGAAGCUGUGUGUGCGUGUGUGUGUGUGUGUGUGUGUGUGUGUGUGUGUGUGUGUGUGUGUGUGUGUGUGUGUGUGUGUGUGUGUGUGUGUGUGUGUGUGUGUGUGUGUGUGUGUGUGUGUGUGUGUGUGUGUGUGUGUGUGUGUGUGGUGUGUGUGUGUGUGUGUGUGUGUGUGUGUGUGUGUGUGUGUGUGUGUGUGUGUGUGUGUGUUUGUGUGCGCGUGUGCGUGUGUACGUUACUUUCAAAAUGUUAUCCGUUACUAGUUACCUGUCCAAAGUUGUAAUCAGUAAUGCAACUUUUGGAUUACCCACUAGGCAGGGUAGCCUAGUGGUUAGAGCGUUGGACUAGUAACCGGAAUGUUGCAAGUUCAAACCCCCAAGCUGACAAGGUACAAAUCUGUCGUUCUGCCCCUGAACAGGCAGUUAACCCACUGUUCCUAGGCCGUCAUUGAAAAUAAGAAUUUGUUCUUAACUGACUUGCCUAGUUAAACAAUGGUAAAAUAAAAUAAAAAAUUAAAUCUGAUUAAUUUCAGUUGCUUUUGGAUGACUUUCCAUGUAGCCCUUUACACUCAUACCCGUAUAGGGAGUGACAAUUGCAGAUUUUUAAGUGCCUAAAUUGGAAUGUAAUGGCUGUACAGUAAAAUGCUAUACAUGAUGUCAGAGCUCUGGAUCUGGCACAGUAUGGGGUUUGACUGACAGCUGUUCUGAAUUUGAGCGUCGCGCAUGACAUCCCUCCCAGUUAUCGGGCACAAUUUGCAACGUUUUUGUUGUCUGCGUGAGGGAAAUGCUGUAAAUUAAAAUGACUCGAUGUAUUUUGAAAGAUGAGACGUUGAGGAUUAGAAUAAAUACCACUUUGAUGUCAUACAAGCACCUCGCAUUUCCAAAUCACGAUCCCCAUGUUUGAUGUACAGUUAGAAGAUGACAUGGCGUCACACCCCUGGGUUGUUCUGAACAGAAUGAGCCUAUGUUUGUUUAUUGUGAAGGACAUUUGCCGCGGAAACACGCACCUAAAUGCACUCAUGACUCUCCAAAAUUACGAUAUUUUUCCUCUGAAUUACCCCGUGAAAGCCUAACACUGUAACAUCGUAUUUUAUAACUUGAGUGUGACGGGUUUUAAGAGGCAUUAGAAGACAAAAAGGAUCCAUCAAAUGCGUUUGGUGUGCCAUCGUAGUGGCCUCUGACUUGUGGUCAGACUCCCUCAGGUGGAUCAAACUUAAUCUUGAGCAUUUUUUUUUUCAAUGCUGAGUUGAAUGUCAUUGAGAAAAGAGAAAGGUGUCAUUAUGUAUUUUCUGGAUUUAAAAGUAAUCCAAGAAGUAAUCAUGUAUUUUUUCAAAAGUAUCUGUAAUCUGAUUACACAUUUUUUUUGGGUAAUGUUACUGAUUGCAGUUAGUAAAAAAAAAGAAAAAAGAAAUGACAUGUAACCGAUUGCAUGUAAUCGGUUACUUCCAAACCCUGGGUGUGUGAAUAUGCGUGUGUGCUCGCCUGCGUGUGUGCGUGUGUGUGUGUGUGUGGGCUUGCCUGCGUGUGUGUGUGUGUGUGUACUUGCAUGAAUGAUUUCAUGUAUGUGUACCCAGAGACACACUCUCUUCUCCUUGUUUGUUAUCACUGGGAUUUCAUAUUGUUGGUGCACAUCCACGGGACAGGUUUCUGUAUUGGAGGCAGAGUUUGUUAGCUUGAGAAUAUGUUUAUCCAGGGACUAUGUGAUCACUGAAGUUGAAGAAGCUUGUGUAAAGGCAUUGGUGUCAGCAUAUUUCUUUCCCAGUUCCCCAAAAAAGUAACUUCAAAUCCCCCGAUUUAGAGGAAAAGAUGUGUUAUGAUUACACAAUGUCACCAGAAUGUGUCCCACCAUAUAACAUCAGUCAGACAUUUGUGCGCUGAGAGCAUAGUUUGUUAUUUGUGAUUUGUGAUACUUUUUGUUUCCAGGUUUUCUGUAUUUUCUUAUUCAUGAGAUGAGACAGAAUCUAUCAGAAUUAAACAUGAAAAUAAUAAAUAUAUUUUCUUCAUGA